AUGGUGACCAACACUGUUAUUAUUACGUCUGCUCAUGGAAAUGCUGCUGGAAAUGAAAUUUUGGAGCAGGUUCGCGAAUUUCUCGAAACUAUAGUUUUAACGCGCUUUACCGUCACUGCAGCGCACCCAAUGCAGCUGGUGGCACUUCCGGCCCUGCAUAGAUCUGUGCUAGUGUGCCCAACGCACGAAACUGCGCAAAAUGUAGUUUCGCUUAAACGCCAGUGGCCCAAGCUAGAUCAGGUGCAUUUCCAGUUUUCUAUGGUUGACGCCGCGUCUCCAGUGGGACCAACACAGUACCUGGAGCUCCCACAGCAUGAAGCUACGUUCCUGAUAUCACCCCCAACUUCUCCACCACCCGAGUUCGACUACUCAAGACUCGAAGAGUCGCCAAACAAGCAUAAGGGCCUAUGGCCGUCGUGUCACGUGCCCAGUGCUAACGAUUUUCCCGGCGUAAACCCCUCCGAGUCGGGACAUGGCUUGCCUGAGGGCCACCACGUUCUCUUGACUACUUCCAACGCCUCUAUAACCCUCGACAGUGUUUCCCACGACGGAGACAGCGCUACGAGUACCACAAUCUCCAAUGGGCCGGCAGCACCCGAGAUCGCUCGUUUCCGCACGGCAGUACCGCCUAGGUCGAUAUUCGACGACGUUGAAUGA